CUUCACUAGAACAGUUUCACCACCGAAUCAACUCAGCUCUUAGUUGCUUCCAUAACAAUCCAAACCUUGUUUUUGCUUUCACUAUAAUGCUUCAUGGACUACGGUUGGACGGCUUCCUUAGCGCGGUUCCUCAAUGUUUUACUCCAUCUUCUUGUUCAUCUUUCAUCUUGAUGGUCUCAUCUUCCAUGGCAACUUCAUGGUUGGGUUUCUUCUCACUUCUACCCUGAUCCUUCAUCUUACUCAUUCGCUUUUCCGUCGGAAAUGAUGAACGCAGGUGGCUCGACUUCACUGGAUAGAGGCGCCUGCGAUUGCCUGAAAAUGUUUUUUCAUAAUAUCCCUUCACUUGUUCUCGUUCGCCUUAUAUUUCAACUUUAUCUGCUCCAAAAUUUGAACGACUUAUUUAAAUGUUGCUUUGCCGUCUGACUAGACAAAAUUUUCUUACUAUCCUUCCCUUCAUGCUUGGCAGUGUUAUCCAUGAUUGCGAACAAUAUCAAUAGAGUAUUGACCUUAGUAAUCAGAUCGGUGGUCCUUUCGAAAUACUCCAUCCCGUAAGUUCAGAGUUAUCUGAACUCGCCCCCUAUGCAUGCAAGAGGAGAUUCUGAGCUCCAACUUAGAAUAUCUAAAAAGAAUCCUAGCUAGCAACAUUUCUUUGGAUUUGUGAGAGGAGAAUGAAUUUCUCAGAAUUUGGAAGCUCAGUGGCUAUGUAGAGUGUGAGAGAGUGGAGUGUAUAGGAGGAAAGAAAGGAGAAAGAAGAAGGUAAAAAAAAUAUAAUUUAUCAUAGGAAGAAAAAAAUAGAUAAAUAAUUGUUUGCGGCGGGGUAUCCUAUGGAUUACAACUUAUAAGAUUGGAAAAAAAUCUCGACUAGCAACAUUUCUUUGGAUUUGUGGGAGAGGAAUGGAUUUUGAAGUUCAUAUGGCUAUAGAGAGUAAAGUGCGAAAGAUUGGAUGUGGAGUUGGAAAGAAAGAAGAAAGAAGUAAUAUAUUGCUUAUCGAAAGAAAAAAAUUAGAUAAAUCAUUAUUUGCUACCGCUUUUAGUUUUUUUUUCGCAAAGUCAGUUGUUAUAAAAUCAGACAUACAGAGAAAAUAAAAAGAGCGCGCGAGUCGACCAAUAGUCCAACUCCCGAUGAGAGGGCCUUUUAUGCCACAUGAUGGGCAGCCCUAUUGAGACAGCGGAGAACAAAACAGCAAAAACCCAAUUACAGAGAGAAGCCGAGCUCUGAGCAUCUUGCAAGAUAGUUCCAUCCUGAUCAUGAGUUCUGAGGAAGUCUCUCCGAUAACGGGAGCUCUUCUGAGUGCCCCUACAAAAAAAAAAACAAAACAAAACAAAACACACAAGCGCCCCCAUAGUAGGACAACUAAGCUCCACCAAAUGGUCUUAAACUAGCCAUUAAGGCUUAGUCGGAUACACCGAAUCCAAAACUAUGUCAAAUUAAUUUUUUUUUAAAGAAUAGUUAAAGAAAAGCAAAAAAAUAAAACGGACGAAAUUGACAAAUAAAAUGAAUAAAAGGGAGGGUAAGUAUCAAAAGAAAACAAAUUACUAAUAAAUAAUGAAGAAAAUGUAUAACGGUUAAUUAAAAAGAUAAAGGAAAUAAAUACUUACCUGGAGCAGUUACCUCAUUCCAAAAGGUGUGAAAUUUUAAUUAAUUAAAAAACACAGUUACCAAUUACUUGCAGCAGAUCUCACCAGAACCGUUCGUUCAGUUACCCCAGGUAACCGCCGUCUGUCUUUUCUUCCAUGCGCCGCCGUCCAUUCAGUUACCUCAAAUGCCCCGCCGUCCGUUCAGUUGAACAAUCCUUGUUUUUGGCAUCGUCGUUGAUUCGAGUCCAGUGCUGCUGUCGCGAGACUGCCAUCAGCGUCGCUAGGCCUCCCUUCCGCAACGUCUCUGCCUUAGAUGUCUGUCGACAACCUCCAGCCGCCGCGUCGCCAGGCCUCCCUCCUGCCGCGCCUAUCCACUGUCGGCCAGGCUCCACAGCAUCUCUAUCGUCGUCAGCGAUUCAAUUGAUUUCUUUGUCGAUUGAACAAUUUCUAGUGGGUCACGACUCCCUGAAUGCAAAUCUGUGUGAAAUUCCCCAACAACCAUCCAGGAGUUCCUCUGCCGACCCGGAGAUCUCAAACGGCGCUAUAAGAGGAAUCGGAAGGGAGGGAGAGUGGGAGCCGCCGAGAAGCUUGGGAUCUCGAAUCCACGGCGACCGUGAACCCGCGUAACUUGGAAGAUCCAAAAGCACAGGAAACCAGUCCUCGCCGUAACAGCUUCCUUACCUUUGAUAAGUCUAUAUUUUGUCCUCUGGAGAUUAUAAUCGCCUAAAAUUUAUUGAUAAUCGUACAACGCUUGCCCAGCUUGAAGUACUGGUUCAGAGCAAAAAGGAAAGCUUUCAGACGAUCAAGCUUUGCAAAGGCAAGUAACUCCACUUUUAGAUUUUUUCCUUCAUUAAAUUUAAGAUAAAUUACAAGAUUGAUCAUUAGGAUUACUAAGAAAAUAUCACAUUUGGUCUAAAAAUAUUUUAUUUCAUUCUUAGUCACUAAAAUUAGUUAAACUUUCGAGUUUUUGUGGUUCCACACAUAUGAAAUCUAUGAUUACUAUAAUGAAUUAUUGGUCUUAUUUUUUUUCGAGAAUAUAUAGAGGAUAUAUUGAUCUUAAAAAUGAUUUCUAUGGUGGUUGCUGCUAUAUUGGUGAUCAUUUUGUAUAUUGUGCAAGUUGUUUGUUUCUUGACAUAUGAAAAAUCUUCAUGUGGCUUUAUUUCUCAAAUGUUUAAAGGUUGGAGAAACUGUUUGUAACAUUAUGUAAUCGUUUUUAUUAAAAACUUAUUAGCAAAUCAACUUGAUAAUUCUUAUUUCUAACAAUCUAUAUAUUAAAAUGUGGGUAUGAUCAAAUUAAAUGUAUGCUUAGUUGUAUGAGAAUCAACUCUUUCUGUAACCCUCUUUAUGUCUUCCUCUUCAGAUUUGGAGAAUACUUCAUUGAUAAUUUAUCAUCCACAACAAUAGGAACCAAAAUUUUAUUAUGAAAAAAGAAAGAACAUAAGCAUUUUACCUCUUUUCACAAAACACUGUGACACUUUGUCUUCACAUCAUCUGACACCCCAAUAUUUUUUUGAAAUUUCAAUUUUUAUUUCACCAUUUGAUAUCUAAUCAACUUAUUUCAAACAUAUUUUUCAUAACGAAAACCAAUUUGUAAACAUAUUUCCCAAAUAAACAACUUGAAAAUUUUUCAUUCAUUAUGGUUCCUUAAUCCUUAUAAUUAUAAUUUAUAUCAUUUUACUUCUAAUAAUGAGAAACGAGAACAUUUCUUUGAUUGGAUAGUGCCUUGUUUUUGUUGGUGGGAGCCACGACAGGGCAUCCAGUCAUCCAUAGAGUCGAGUGUUAUCUCAACCUUUCUUCAUGCACAAAUGUGGAGGUUCCUAUCUCCACAUCAGCAUAUCGAAAGAUAAUCCUCACCAUGACAUUUUUGGAUUUUGAGGGAGGGAAAUAGAGAACUUAAAACUUUGAUAAUUUUAUGCAUGUGGAGUGUUAACUAUAGAGGAGGAAAUGAAACAGAAAGAAGAUAAUUUUUUUGGAAAAUGUGUUAUAGUUUAUACUGUGACGUAAAAUUGGAAAAUAAAAACAAAUUGGGACAACUAAUUUGAAGCAACAUGAAACUGAUCAGGUCAAUUAUCUUCGAUCUCUUCUCUUUUUCCCUUCCUCUCUUACAGCCUUACUUGCGUGCAUUUUCGUUAUGAAGUUUACAAAUGAAACCGUAGCACAAUCUAACUCAUAGCUUUCUACACAAAGAUAUCCAAAUUAGCAAUGUAUAAAAGGAAUCGUUGAUCCUCAAUGUGAGCUAACUAGUUGGAAACAAUAAAUCUUGAAGAGAAUGAACGUUAGUUUAAAAG